UCAAAACGACCACCUAUGGAGCGCUCAUACACUCCCGGAUCUUCUACAAUCGCGCCUUCCUCUAUUGUCCAGUUCCCAUCCAAACGCAGGCGCAUAGCAUCCUCAAACAAAGGCAACACAGGAGAAGGAGACACGUGGACGCGUUGGCCUGUGCCUGCCAGCGACCUGUAUGUUCCCGAGUUUAGCCUUGAGGACGAGGUCCGAAUCCUGGCAGAACACUUUCUGCAGAAC